GCCGCCGCCUGAGAAGAGCACAAGAAAGCAGCUCUGAUGAUCAGGACAACGUGAAAUGUGAUUCUACACUGUACAAGGCGAGUGGGGUGUAACCAUGGAUCUCAAAGCCAACAACAGUUUCCCCAGUUUUAAUGAUUUAGAUGACUACCUCAACAAACGCAAUUCCAACUUCAUAUGGCUCCUCGUGGCCACUAUUAUGUCCUGUGGAUGGAUCAUCUACUUGACAUACUACAAUUCCCGCAAUAUUGGACUCAUCUUCACCCUCAUCAUUAACCGACUCUACAAGAAUGGAUACAUACACAUUGGUUCCUUUUCAUUCUCUGUACUCUCCGGCAAGGUCAUGUUCAGAGACGUCUAUUAUAUCAACAAAGACAUGUCUAUCAGAAUCCAAGAUGGAUUACUCAUAUUUCGUUGGUGGAAGAUGUACAACCCCAAACAGAAACAACAUGACCCGAAGGCUGAGACACGGCUCUAUGUGACUGUUAACGGCUUUGAGUUCCAUGUGUACAAUCGCACGGAUCUGUACGCUCGGCUACAGGAAGUGUUUGGCCUUGAGCCCACCCUUAUCACACCCCACCGGGAUGAGGAAAAAGGGCGAGAGCAGAGGGAUCAAACCCUGGAGAGUGUUCACAUCAAAGCUGAAACUCCGGACCCAUCGUCUUCAUGGAGGUCUCUCAUCCCUGUCAUCAAAGUCAACAUCAGUACAGGUCGCGUAGCAUUUGGGAAUCACCAUCUUCCUCAGACCCUGUGUAUGAACUUUGAUGAUGCCUUCCUGACUUAUGCCACUAAACCACCCAGCAGCCACUUGGAUCAGUUCAUGCACAUUGUGAAGGGCUCUCUGGAGAACGUCCGUGUGAUGCUGGUACCCAGCCCGCGAUAUCUGGGCCUUCAGAAUGAUGAACCUCCCAGACUCAUGGGUGAGGGGUUUGUGGUCAUGCAAUCAAAUGAUGUGGACAUUUACUACUACCAGGAUGAACCAGGUCUGGUCCCAGAGGAAUUGGAGAACGGAGAUACAGAAGCCUGCUCUGAAGACACCAAACUACAAGACUUGCCUCCUUGCUGGGGUUUGGACAUUGUUUGUGGCAAAGGAACAGACUUUAACUAUGGACCGUGGGCUGACAGACAGAGAGACAGCCUUUGGAAGUUCUUCCUGCCUGCAGACUAUCAGCCAAUGAAAGUGAGUGACGUUCCCAUGCCAGGCAAACCACGGCAGAUCCUUGCCUUUGAGCUGCGUAUGAACAUCAUAGCUGAUGCAACCAUAGACCUGCUAUUCACCAAGAACAGGGAGACAAAUGCAGUCCACGUGAAUGUAGGAGCAGGUUCAUACCUGGAGGUUAACAUACCCAUGACUGUUGGGGAGAAUGGUUAUUCUCCUACUGUUAAAGGUCAGUUAUUACAUGUUGACACCACUAGCAGUAUGCAGUACAGGACACUACUGGAGGCUGAGAUGCUGGCUUUCCAUGUAAUAGCCAGCUACCCACGCGUGUGGAACAUGCCCCAAUCCUGGCAGUGUGAAAUCGAGGUGUACAAAGCCACUUACCAUUUCAUCUAUGCGCAGAAGAACUUCUUCACUGAUCUGAUUCAGGACUGGGCUAGUGACAGUGAGCCAGACAUCUACUCAUUUGUUCCAUAUUCGUGGAAGUUUAAGAUACUUUUUCACCAGUUUGAGAUGAUUUGGGCAGCCAAUCAGCACAACUGGAUUGACUGUUCCACCAAGCAGCAGGAGAACGUGUAUCUUGCUGCCUGUGGGGAAACGCUGAAUAUUGACUUCAAUUUGCCAUUUCACGAGUUUGUCCCGGCCACCUGUAACGCACGUUUCUGUUUGAGAGCGGAAGACACAGACAUGCGCUUGUGUCUGCCGGACUGCCACCCCAGCCGGUACCCGCUGCUCACCCUCACUAAGGAUUACCAGCUCUGUAAGACACCUCCAGACAACAAUAUGCCAGCAGAAGGGCAAGGAGCCCCUCUCAAAAACAACAAACCACGCUGGAGGAACAUGACUCUUGCUGAGGCUGGUUGGGUGGACUGCUGGAGUGUUCCGAACUUCAUGCUCAGUAUAGAGUAUACCUGGCAUCCCAUCUACCCUCAGAAAUCUGACCAGCAGCUCAAACAAUCAUUGUCAGAAAUAGAGGAGUCCAUGCUGUCAGCACUGCGGCCACCAGAACUAGUUCCACCGUUGCCUCCUCCGCCUAGAAUCCCCUCUGACCCCAACCUGCUGCCCCCAGACUGUUUACAUGUGGAGAUGGAGCUGAGCCCAGACUCUCACAUAACCCUUUAUGGUCCUCUGCUCAGAGCACUGGUGUCCAUCAAGGAAAACUACUUUGGAGAGGAUGACAUGUACACUGACUUUGAGGAGGCUCUCUCCAGCCCUGUGCUGAGUUCCUGCUCUUCUUCAUCUGGUUGGACAGGGGUGGAAAAAGGCUGUAAAGAAACACCCCACCCUCUCUCGCUACGGCCCUGGGACAUCACUGUACUUAUCAAUGUACACAAGAUCCAUGGACGCCUUCCCACGCAUUGCAGCAGUGAUGGUCCUGAGGGCCCCACAGGCUUCCUGGAGCGUCUGUGUUUUGAGAUGAAGAAGGGCUAUAAAGAGACCAUGCUACAGCUUGUACUCUCACCUCUACAUGUAUUUGUCAGUGAUAACUAUCAGCGGCCUACAGUUGAUGCUGUGUUGCGAGAUGGGCAUCUGAGCCUCUCGGGGUUGCAGAUGAGAGCCCAUGCCAUGUUCUCAGCAGAGGGCUUACCAGUGGGCAGUGACACACUUGAGUAUGCCUGGCUUAUUGAUGUACAGGCUGGAGCUCUCACAGGAAGAGUUACUGUUCCACAGUGUGCCUCACUUCUGGAGUGGGGCGAGGCAUUUGUGUUCCAUGUGAUGUCAAGAGAGUUCCAGCUAGAACAGCCAAAACCAUCUGGCACCUGCCAACAUGGAGUCGAUCGCAGAGUCUGUGAUUCCAAGAAUGCAGGUCUGCCUGGUCCUUGUCGGACAUCAGAGGAUCUGAAGUAUAUCAUGACUCGACUGACGGUUGACGGAGCCCAUAUUUUCAUUGUUGAACAUGGCUGUGCGGCCAACAUUAAGACCGGAGCUUUGCGGUUGGCCACCUGUAACCUGCACACAGCAGCUGUGGGUGAAGGCAUCAGUGCCGUUCUUCAAGAUGUUGUGAUUGCUCAGUUCAUCGAGCAACAGGAAGUGGCAAGACUUGGCCUGCCCCCACCACUCCUUCGGCGCUCUCAUUGGCUUGAAGCCGGUUCUGUGACCUUUAACCUCAUCACUGCGGAUGUGGCAUUGGCUGCUGAUCAUCCAGCCAAAUAUGAGGUCCAGAGGCAUUUCCUGGAACUUCAUGACAUGAAAACAAAGAGACUUUGGUUCCUUUGGCCAGAGGAGAAAUAUAAGCGAAGUCGUAACCGCUGUGGAUGUCUUGGCGGAUGUCGCUUUUUUGGUGGCACAGUUGGUGGCCUGGAUUUCUUCCGUCUGGAGGAAAUCACACCCUCAUCAUGCUCUGCCUUCUCCAGUGUUAGUGCUGAGUGUGACAUGUCGUAUGGCCAAUCACUAUUACAUCCAGGAGAAUGGAUUUUCACUAAGGAAACUCCUAAACUCUCUGAUGGUAAGGGUGUUGGUAUGAGGCGAGAAACGUGUUCUCCUGCUCCAAUGGCAGACAUGGAAAAACUUGGCCAGCACCUCAGUCUGCACGUACCUCAACGUUCUCACAGUUCUGCCUCUUCCUCAGAGGAGAACUCUUCCUCCAGUGCUGCCCUGCCUCUACUGGCUGGAGAACGAGAGAGUCCCUCCCCCUCUGCAGAGUUAAUGAACGUCACCACUGAUGGUCCUCUUCCUGAGGGUCCACCACUCCGCUCUCCACUUCGCUCUCCUCUCAAGCGUCAGGCCUCUGUACAGUCAGCUCGCCUCGGCAGCACCAAGAGCUUAUCAGCUGCUGUCUUUGCGGAGAAAGUCACGCCUCCUACUGGUGUGCAGUUUAGCAGCGAGGUUUCCCGUAGUGAUGAAAACGUUCUGGACUCGCCAAGACAGAGGAGAAGCUAUGGGUCCUUCCCUUUCACUCCUUCAGCCGAUUCUAGUACAUUCCAUCAAUACCGCUCGGUCGACUCCUCCAUGUCUGUGGCCGAUAGUGAAGCCUACUUUAGCGCCAAUGAGGAGUUUGAGCCAAUCAGCAGUGAUGAAGGGCCAGGUACCUACCCAGGGAGGAAACGCAGACGAAGACAACAGGGUCAGCCCUAUGCAGAACACAGCCGCACCUCUUUGUACCAUAGUGUAGAAGGACCUCUAUCAAUCUCUGAGACUCGCCCACCUCCACUGCCUAGCCACACGUCCCAAGCCUCAUUUGUGUCUGCACUUGGAUUGGAGGAGGAGGGCUCCAUUGAAACAGAAAAGGCAGAACCAGGCCUCCUUACAACACAGCCACAUUUAAUGGCUUGUUACCAAAAUUACCUAGGGCAUUACCAUGUGUCAAACUGGGGCGUGAAACAGCCAACCAAUAAGAGAACAUCCAAGUCAUCGUUGCAUCGGCCACUUGACCUUGACACGCCUACAAGUGAGGAGAGCUCUGUCUCCUUUGACCAGUUGUCCAUCCCGUCCUUUAAGAUGGUGAAGGCAGGUUUGUCUGCCAGCUCUUUAUUGGACAGAGGAGUUCAGCUCAUGGGAGAUCCAAACAGCACACCUUACACACCCCUUGACAAGCGGGCAAUGGACAACACUGAUGAGGACACAAUGAUGGAGGACUGGUCUGUUGAUCAGCCACUUGCCCAGACAAGAACAACAGCCAUUGUAGAGGUCAAAGGGGCAGUCAAUGUAGUCCUGACUCCUUUAGUAGCUGAAGCACUGGACAGGUACAUUGAGUCCAUGGUUCACUUUGCCAGUAUUCGCCACCCUGCAUCAAUCCUGGAUGACCUGCAUGGGAAAGUGCUGAAUGAAGUGUAUCAGAUCAGCAAAUCCACUGUCUCUGAGUCUAGUACAGCCAAGCCAGAGCACAAAAUAUCUAAGACAGAGGGAAUCACACCUGGAUCUCUGAAUACACCCCAUGGACAAACUGAUCUAUCGAUCAAACCUGACAAUGUGAAGAUAAAGGGUUUGCAGGCUAACGUCACUGUGCCUAAGGUAAACCUCUGUGUGCUUCAGGCAUCAGUUGAAGAGUGUUCACCCUCCAAUAAGAGUGUCACACAUGUCUCUCUUGUGUCCUUGUGUUUCGACCGCAUUGCCACUCAGCUGCGCAUGAACAGGGGUAUAGUGGAGGACACCGAAAAACCCUCUGUUAUGAUGGAGAAGUUCUCCUCUGCAUCGAAGAUGGCGCCCCAGUCCAGCGGUUCUCUCCGCUCUAAUGCUGGGAUUGAAAAAGGCAAAGAGAUUGCAGCCAGACUCAACAUUCACCGCAUACACAGCCAACUACGUGGCUUGGACUCAUCAGACCUUGGAGCUUGUGCUAUCACUGCCAUUCCCUUUGAGAAGUCCAAGGUUCUCUUCAGUUUGGAAGAAACCGAUGACUUUGUUUUAGUUGAUGAGACUGAGCCCCACACCUCCACUGAUCAUGUCCCAAACCACUCUGCUGACCACACCCGCUCUGGAGCUAGUCCUGAAAAAUGGGGUUGGAUUAUGUUUGAGUGUGGGAUUGAAAACCUCACUGUCAAAGGUGGGCGGCAGUCGGGAGCCGUUCUCUACAGUGCAUUUGGUGUGAUGGGUGGGGCUGACAGUGGUGUUAGAGAUGGAGUUUCGAAAUCGAAUGGUUCUAGUGGUUCUCAGACAGGAAGUGGCUACAGCACUGAUGUUUCUGAUGACAACCUGCCCAAUGAUGCACAGAGCCCUGCCUCUGAACCCAACAACAACUCUGACUCUGACGAACAGGAUGAGGGGGUGGAGUCAGAUGACCUGAAGAAGGACCUGCCUUUUUUGCCGCCGCCUCCUGACUCUAGCAGUAUGAAGCUGACUAUAAAGGAGAUCUGGUUUAGCUUUGCUGCCCCAACCAACAUUCGUUCUCACACUCCAGCUAUGUCCAGGCAGCUGAAUCUCUUGAGCACUGCGACGCCUGCGGUUGGAGCAUGGUUGGUUCCCAUUGACCAGCUGAAAUCCUCCCUGCAAAAAUUAGACAUGGAGGCCACGCUGCGUGUGUGUGCGGUUAUGGGCUGCAUAAUGACUGAGGCAUUGGAGAAGAAGAGUAUUCAUUUUCCAUUUCGGAGCAAGUAUAACCGUGUUACAAAGCGAGCACGUUAUCUUCAUGAGAACCCAUCCUGCUUACUGUGUAAUAUUCUACAUCGCUACCUGCAGCAGGCUGAUUACAGCAUUAUAGAGGAGGCCACCAUGAAUGAUGGACUUCCUGCUCUGGUCACCCUGAGAAAAGGUUUGGUGGCACUUGCUCGUCAGUGGAUGAAAUUUAUCGUCGUCACUCAGGGCUUUAAAGCAGUUGGUCUGCCACGACCCCAUCAGUUUCCUAAGCCCAAAGAGCCAGACCCCAUUGAGCCUGAACCAACACAGGGGCCCGACUGCAGCACUGCCUUGCAGAGUGACACCAGUGCUGACGGAGCAGAGUUUGAGUUUGAUGCUGGUGCUGUAAGUGAACAUACCAUGCUUCUAGAGGGAGUUUGUAGUCGUCCUGCUCCAACCGGUAACUCUGCCCCCGUGACUGGAGUUGAGAUCAUGCGAAAACUGUCCAAAUCUCACACACACAGCGAGUCUGCUCUUAAGAUCAAGGGUUCCCACCCUUACCAGUCCCUGAGCUACACGAGUGGAGAUACUGCAGCCGAUUCUCCAGCUCAUGUAGGUCGGACAGGCCUACAGUCCAAUCACAGCCCUCGGAAGGAAUCACUGCUAAGCUACUUAACAGGAAGUAUUCACAGUCUGCAUAACCUGCUAGAAGCCACGCCUCAUCGAGCCAGUGAACAAGCUGCAGCCAAGAGCAGCUCCCUCACACGUACUGGCAACAGUCUGGGUACAGACGUCCUCACGGAACACCCUCUUCUAUCUGAGCCAUUUUCCGUCAGCUUCUACAAUUGGAUGUCAAACGCUGUUGGCAACCGCAGAGGCAGCAAUGUCCAGGACUCUCCCCUCAACCGCUCUCAACACAACAGCCUGCAGACUGGAGGAGCGCUCCCCACCAUUCCUUCUGCAUCUGAUUUUAACACUGUAUUGUCGAGUGAUCAGAAUACACUGGACACACACUCUCAGCACACACAUUCCCAGCACAGCACAAGCCAGGAUGACCUGCUGGAACAAGAUGAGACAAACCUUUGCCCUGCAGCUGUGCAACUCGCCGAUGCACAGGUGGUUUUUAAGCCUUUAUUGAGUUACAUUGGUAUUCAGCCCCAGGAUGCUCCUCCGCUCAGUUAUAAGAUGUAUUUUGGGGAGCACUUGUCUUUUAGUGGCACUCUUGAGUGUUUGCGAGCUGACAUUGUUGACUCUGACACCAGCAAAGCCAGAAAGAACAAACGAGCACACAGGCAGGGCAUGGUGAACCUCCCCCCACUUGAGUUCAAGCCCGCUCUCAUGAUUGAGACAUUCAGCCUAAACGCAGUCAUCCUGGAGAAGUGUAUGUCCACUCCUCCCUCUGCCAGCGCGCUGUCCUUCCAUGAGCUGAGCCGGAGACCGCAGGCCAGUGUGCACUGCCAUUUUACACUCGCUUGUCAGGCGAUUCGCCAGCAUGUGGAUAUGGCCUUGGUCCGCCUCAUUCACCAAUUCAGCACCAUGAUCGAUGACAUCAAAGCCACACAGACCGACAUCAAACUCAACCGCUACACUGCUGGCUCCUCGUCCCCUACACCCACCAAGGGGCGGCCGUACCGUGAGUUCCGCUCGUCGGAUUUCAGCCGUAGUUCACGGGGGAGUCUGAAUGGAGCAAAUCGACUGGGCACUCAGAAAGGCAAGCGGACUGUGGUUGGGCCAGGGCUCGACACGCUCACCAGGAAUCGGGAGCCACGUGGAAGGGGCACGCUGGGACGAUCGGAGAGAAGGACGUCAAAAGUGUCACGGAAAGGUUCACGUGAUGUGGCUGACCACAUGACAAUUCAGAUGGAUGACUCCGACUCCAUCACAGUGUCGGAACAGAGUGAGCCAUCAGCCGAGUGCUGGCAGAAUAUGUACAAACUUCUGAAUUUCUACUCGCUCAUAUCAGACCCCACAGGCAUCCUGGAGAUGAACCAAGGCAAUGCUCUCUCAGAAGGUGGGCGGAGCCCUAUCGAUCCUCCCUGUCGAGUGGUGUUUGAAUCGGAGGGCGAGACUCCACCCAGUCGACUGAGUCGUAGGCGGAGCUUGGUGAGUUCUGAGCCCCAGCACGUUACACUGAUUGUGUUUGGCGUUGGCAUGGUAAACCGCACACACCUAGAAGCAGACAUCGGAGGACUGACCAUGGAGGCAGAGCUUAAGAAAAUACACGGCAGUUUUACUCUUAAGGAGAAAAUGAAGGACAUUCUCCAUCAAAAGAUGACUGAGACUUGCGCUUCGGCUCACAUCGGAUGUGUGAACAUUGUGCUUCUGGAAGGAAUCACUCCAGACAUACAACUAGAGGAUUUUCCAACCUCACCAACCAGCACAUCAAAGCAGGAGUUCCUGACUGUGGUGAAGUGUAACAUUGCAAAGUCCCAGGCAUUAUAUAGUGCUCAGCGUGGACUGAAGACCAAUAAUGCUGCUGUAUUUAAAGUGGGUGCCAUCUUCAUCAAUAUCCCGCAACACCCUGCAACUCUGCACAGCAUGAUGGUGCGCAGCUCACACCAGCUCUCUAAACAGAUAUCAGACCUCAUUCGGCAACCCUCCAACAUCCCCCCUCCCAACAGAGAAGACACGCCUACUCCACAGCCCUCUGAAGUGAGUGUCAAUCAAACUCCAGUGGAAGCCAAUGAGUUUCCUCAGCUGCCCGAGGGAUUAGAGAAGAAGCCAAUCGUGUUGAAGUUCAGCGCUAUGCUGGAUGGUAUCACUAUUGGUGCAGCUCUAUUGCCCUCUCUUAAAGCAGAAUACAAGAUGGGCCGUAUGAAGAGUCAUGGCAUGACAGGUGCUCAGACACGCUUUACAUUUGAGCUACCCAAUCACAAGCUGUGUUUCCAGUCAAAGGUUUCCCCUGUGGAUGUGUCGGCCAUGCCCCCCACCGCCAGCCUGAACCUGCCUCCUGUCACCAUGUCAGGACAGUACAUUAUACAGGAGCAUGAGGGCCACAGUGACACUGCCUGGGCCCCAGAAUACAGCAGCUAUCUGCAGGGAAACUACUUGCGCUGUGUGGCUGAGAUUGGCUCUUUUGAACACAACUUGACCACAGAUUUGCUCAACCACCUGGUCUUUCUACAGAAGGUCUUCAUGAAGGAGGUUAAUGAGGUCAUCCAGAAAGUGUCAGGAGGAGAACAGCCCAUCCCACUCUGGAAUGAACACGAUAUGUCAACAGAUGGGGACAAACCUAAAAUCCUGCUUUAUUCUAUUAACCUGACAUUUAAGGGGAUUCAGAUGACAGCCACCACUCCCUCUAUGAGGGCAGUGCGCUUUGAGACGGGCUGGAUUGAACUCGAACUGUCCAAUCGGGUUCAGUGCAAGACCACACCCACAGGAAGUAACUAUCUGAAGCUGUUUGGGAAGUGUCAAGUGGAUCUUAACUUGGCACUGGGCCAAAUCGUCAAACAUCAGGUGUAUGAGGAGGCUGGGUCAGAUUUCCACCAGGUUGCAUACUUUCGCACAAGAAUCGGCUUGCGCAAUGCCCUACAGGAGGAGAUCAGUAGCUGCUCUGACAAAGAGGCAGUCCUUAUCACUCUCAGCCGUCCUAUCGUUUUUGCCCAACCUGUGGCAUUUGACAGAGCUGUGCUGUUCUGGCUGAACUAUAAGGCUGCCUAUGACAACUGGAAGGAACAGCGCUUGGCUCUAAACUCAGACAUUCAUAUGGCCACCAAAGAGGUGGUUGACAAACUGCCAGCCAUACAGCAGACCAGUGUCCAGGCCUUUAGCACACUUUUCCUGCAGCUCACUGUGAAUGACCUGGGCAUCUGUCUGCCCAUUACCAGCACCUCACCGGCCAAUCACAGUAUUGAUUUCGACACUGGCUCAGCGCUGGUAUUGACCAUUGAGAGUACACUAAUAACAGCCUGCUCCUCUGAGUCUUUGGUCAGCAAAGGCCAUUUCAAGAACUUCUGCAUUCGAUUUGCUGAAGGCUUUGAGACAACCUGGGAUGACUGGAAGCCUGAGAUCAGAGGUGAUCUGGUCAUGAACGCCUGUGUUGUCCCUGACGGUACUUAUGAAGUUUGCUCCAGAACAACAGGCCAAGCCUCUGCAGAGAGCAGCAGUGCCGGGACGUGGACCCUGAAUGUUCUGUGGAAGAUGUGUGGUAUUGAUGUGCACAUGGAUCCUAACAUCGGCAAGCGUCUGAAUGCUCUGGGUAACACGCUAACGUCUCUGACAGGUGAAGAAGACACAGAUGACAUCACAGACCUUAACUCAGUCAACAUGGCUGACAUCUCAGAUGAAGACGAGAGUGAUGGCAUGUCUCCCCCCAUACACAUGUGUGCUGAAGGUGAUCUCAGUCCCAGACUCUCGUUCAGGAAGCGGCUGGUGAACAGCAUACUGGGCUUUAGCCCAAGCCCCCCUCCCCCCUCACCUUCUGAGUGUCGUAAUGUUUCUCCUUCAUCCACAAUCACUCGGCUAAAGUCGAGAAGUGUUCGCCUGCCAGCCACUGCCAAUGCAGAACGAACUACACAUCCCAGACCCCUGUCCUGGGGCUGUGAGUCUGUUGACCUGCGCAGACAGGCAGUGAUGAGCAGCCAGAUAAUUGACGCACGUGGGCGAAAGUUCUCCAAGCGCCUGGUGGAUAUUAGGGAACUUAACGAGCAGGCCAAGGUCAUUGAUGAUCUCAAGAAACUAGGAGCAAGUGAAGGCACUAUAAAUCAGGAAAUUCAGCGUUAUCAGCAGUUGGAAUCUGUUGCUGUCAACGAUAUCCGCCGGGAUGUCCGCAAGAAACUUCGUCGCUCUAGCAUGCGGGCCGCAUCGUUAAAAGACAAGUGGGGUUUAGGGUACAAGCCCAGCUACAGCAACAGCAGGUCAAAGAGCAUCUCAACCACAGGCAGACCAGCAAUCAAGAGGUCGGAUAGACCCAGGGACGACUUGCCGGACAUAAAAGUGGAUGCAGCAUCUACAGCACCGAGGGUUACCUUCAACAUCGACACGAUGGGAAGUGUGGCCCUGGAAACCCCAAUUCCAAAUCCAGCUGGCUCUGUAUUCAAGUUCCCAGAGGAGACAGAGAUGGACCUGUUGUCUGUCAUCAGUGAUGAUCCUGCCCAUUACCCAUCUUGCUCAGUGUUCAGUGCACCUGGCACUCCCGCAGUCUUCUCACCAAACGUUCCCUUCCAGCCUGACGACAGUCGUCGUGAUGAACUCUCAUCGACAUCGUCAGAGGACUCUGACAAAGAUGACGAAUUUGACAGAGACAGACCGCACAGCUGCUACCGCAGACCAGGGGGUUCUCAGAGGAAGUCAACUGGACUGAGUGCAUUAUUCAGUGAGCGCUGGCCAACCACACCCCCUCAGCGUGGAGGAUUAGCCCCGCCCACUGAACGGAACAUUGAUUUUGAGCUGGAUGUACGAGUUGAGAUUGACAGUGGCAAGUGUGUGCUGCACCCUAGCACCCAGCCACCCGAGCAUGAUGAUGUUGCACUGCGGAGGAGUUGUGAGCGGAGCUCCAGGAGUCUUGAUCAGGACUCUCCACCAAAGAAGCGAAAGAUGCAGCCCAGUUUCGCCUCCAGCUCUCAUCUACUGAAUGCUAAGAGAGUGCCUACAUCUCUGCAGAGCAAGAGCAGUGACAUCGAGACCACUGUCUUCUACAUCCCUGGAGUGGAUGUCAAGCUACACUACAACUCUAAAAUGCUGAAAACCGACUCGCCCAAUGCCUCACGUGGCUCAUCUCUCCCCAGAACCCUAUCCAAAGAGUCCAAGCUGUAUGGUAUGAAAGAUGCACCCGCAGGUUCAGGCCCUGGCAAGACUAAUACUCUCCUUCCCCCCCCUCCCCCUCCUCUCCCUUCAGGUAAAGGUAAGUCGAGUGCAGGGGGGAAGACUGCAAAGCUGUAUGCAUGGGUUGCCUUGCAAACACUGCCAGAGGAAAUGGUCAUUAGUCCGUGUCUGCUGGACUUCCUGGAGAAAGCUCUGGAGACCAUUCCCAUCACACCAGUUGACAGGAACUACACAACCCUGAAUGUACCUGAGGAGGAUGUGGGCCAUUUUGAUUCUGUGGAGCCUCUGGAGGAGUCUCAGGUGUCCCUUGUAUCUUCUGCUACAUCUCCAUACUCUUCCUUCCCUGUGGAUGUGGUGGUUUACGUCAGGGUGCAGCCAUCUCAGAUCCGGUUCAGUUGUCUGCCCAUGUCUCGAGUGGAGUGCAUGCUGAAACUUCCCUCUCUGGACCUGGUCUUCUCAUCCAAUAGGGGUGAUCUUGAGCCCACCAGCUCCACCCAUCCACCUGAUGGUCAACACACACCCUCUUCCACACCUCCAUCAGUACACAAUGCCAAUAGAGUGCCUGGAAACAAAGGCCCAUCCACAGGGUUAGGCAGUCCCUUGGGGCGGAGUCGCCACCACAGCAGCCAGUCAGAUCUAACAGGCCCUCCCACAAGCUCCUCAGGUCUGAGUUUCACCGCCUGCAUGUCUGAUUUCUCACUAUAUGUGUUCCAUCCUUAUGGAGCUGGCAAGCAAAAGUCUGCAGUCACUGGCCUCCCACCUGGACCAGGACCAUUGGGAGCAGUGGAUGAGGAGGCGUCUUCAGUGACAGGCAGGAAAGACUCUCUCUCCAUCAACUUGGAGUUUGUGAAAGUCAGUCUUUCCAGGAUGAGACGAGCAGGAUGUCCAGCAUUUAUUGACACCUUUAUUGCCAGCAAGGGCGGGAAGAUGGACACAACACUUAUCAAUAUCUCAGCAGUGUGUGAUAUCGGUUCUGCAUCCUUUAAGUACGACAUGAGACGUCUGAGUGAGAUUCUUGCCUUCCCAAGAGCUUGGUACCGCCGAAGCAUCGCCAGGAGAUUGUUUCUUGGAGACCAGACCAUUAACUUGCCAGGUUAUGCAUCCUCAGGUCCUGCCACACCAGACUCGGUGGAGAGCAUUGCCCAGCACCUGUCUCCAGAGUCCAGCCGUAAAGCAUACUGGAGGACGUGGGAUGGACAGUCCAAUCAACACCCCACCUCCUCAGUCUUCAGUGAUGCCACACCUAGCCAUGCACACCUUAAGUCUCCUGCCACCGGACGGUCCCGCAGCGUGUCAGACUCCUCAGCACCACGCAGAGACUCAGUCACAAAAUCCUCUACCCCAUCAUUCCGCAAUGGAAAAGCAGCUGCGCAGCAGGGAUCGCCAUGGGAGACGCUGGUGGUGUUCGCCAUCAACCUUAAACAACUUAAUGUCCAGAUGAACAUGAGCAACGUCAUGGGCAACAAUACUUGGACGACAAGUGGGUUGAAGAGCCAUGGCCGUCUGUCAGUGGGCAGUAACAGAGAUCGUGAGAUCAGCAUGUCUAUUGGACUGGGCCGCUCCAAACUAGAUUCCAAAGGAGGAGUAGUGGGUGGCAACAUUGAUGUCAACACCCUGGAAAUGGUCUCCCACAUUUCAGAACAUCCAAAUCAGCAGCCCAGUCAUAAGAUCCAGAUCACCAUGGGCUCCACUGAGGCCCGGCUGGAUUAUAUGGGCUCCAGCAUAUUGAUGGGCAUCUUCAGUAAUGCUGACCUGCAACUUCAAGACGAGUGGAAGGUGAACCUCUGCACCACAGAGGCCAGUCUGUCUGAGAAGAGUGAGAUCUUCGUGCAUGGAGACCUGCAGUGGGACAUAUUCCAGGUGAUCAUCUCGCGCUCCACCACCCCUGACCUGAUAAAGAUUGGCAUGAAGUUGCAGGAGUUCUUCACACAGCAGUUUGACACCAGCAAGCGAGCUCUGUCCACCUGGGGCCCGGUGCCCUACAUGCCUCCCAAAACACCAGUCAUCAACACAGACAAAGGAGCAGCUGAACUCUAUAUGGAUGCAGCUCAUCACAGGCAUUGGCCCAGUGUGUUGAAGAUGGUGGCAGGAUGCCACAUUUCCCUGUUUCAGAUGCCCCUCCCAGAGGAUGCUGUACAGCUGGGCGGUUCAAUGAGUCUCCAUGGCAACCAUAUGACCCUGGCUUGCUUCCACGGGCCUAACUUCCGUUCCAAAUCCUGGGUGCUGUUUCACCUGGAAGAGCCCAACAUUGCCUUCUGGACCGAAGCACAGAAGAUCUGGGAGGAUGGCUCCAGUGAUGACUCGACAUACAUAGUUCAGACCCUUGACUUUCACCUUGGGCAUAAUACCAUGGUAACCAAGCCUUGUGGUGCUCUAGAGAGCCCAAUGGCUACAAUCACCAAGGUUACCCGCCGUCGACAUGAAAACCCUCCACAUGGGGUGGCUACAGUCAAAGAAUGGUUCAGCUAUGUCACUGCCAUGAGGAACGAAGAGCUGAACUUGCUGCGGAACGUGGAUGCAAAUAACUCUGAGAGCGGAGCUACAGCGAAGAGCUCCAGUCUUCUGAGUGGCUUUAGAGGCUCCUCCAGCUACAACCACGAAACAGAGACAAUUUUCGCCCUUCCCAAAAUGCAGCUCCAGUUCAAAUCCAUCCAUGUACAAGACCCAGAGGAACCCUCUCUUAGCGAUGCCAGCAGUAAGCCCAAAGUGGAGUGCAGUGUGGUGACCGAGUUCACCGAUCACAUCUGUGUCACCAUGGAUGCAGAGCUCAUCAUGUUCCUGCACGACCUGGUGUCAGCAUACCUGAAAGAGAAGGAGAAAGCCCUGUUUGCUCCACGAAUCUUUGCAUCUCGGCCUGGUCAGAAGAGCCCCACAGCACAGCAGGACGAGAGCUCAUCAGAGAAAAAGGAGAAAGAAGAGGGACUGAACUACACCACCGUGGACUGGAGAGAGUUCCUCUGUAAUACCUGGCAUCUGGAGCCCACACUAAGGUUGAUCUCAUGGACAGGUCGUAAGAUUGAUCCGGUUGGAGUGGACUACAUUUUGCAAAAGCUGGGAUUCCAUCAUGCCAGGACCACUAUUCCCAAGUGGCUGCAGAGAGGAGUGAUGGACCCUCUGGAUAAAGUUCUGUCUGUUCUCAUCAAGAAACUCGGCACAGCACUGCAGGAUGAGAAAGAGAAGAAAGGUCAACGAGACAAAGACGAGCAUUAACCCAAACACUUCAGUGUAUUCAAAAUGUAUUAAUACAUUUCCAUUAUCUGGGAGCCAUCCAGCUAAUUAUUAUUAUUAUUUUUUUUACCUUGUCUGAAAAUACUGAAUUUAUUGAAAACUACUGUACAGCUCACCCA